GGACACUAAUAAAUAAAUAAUAAUAAUAUCGUCAUCACUAUUAUUAUCACCACGGUGCGAUGAGUCCUCCACAGUAGAGGGCGCUGUGGAAGUAUCGCUGCCUUUUAUGAAGUGGAAAGUGGCGCAGGUUGAAGUAUGUAUACAGCUGGACGAAGCCUCCUGGCCUUUGAUUUCGCUAAAGUGAAGUAAAGCGAAGUAAUCCGAACAAAAAUAGCGAAGAAUAAGAAAAAAACGUAAGGCCGCACAGAAAUGUCCGACCUUUAUGAAAAGUUCCUCACCCCUGAGGAACCUUUUCCAUUGCUGUCUCAGCAUGGAAACCUCAGCGAAGAGGGGACCUUGGAUGUCAGUGAUUUUGGGUGUCAGCUUUCGUCAUGCCAUCGAACAGACCCACUACGUCGGCUGCAUAGCAACAGAUGGAAUCUCACUUCUUGUGGGACCAGCGUGGCGAGUUCAGAGUGCAGCGAGGAUCUGUUUGCAUCCGUUUCAGUUGGAGACCAGGAGGAUUGCUACUCGCUGUUGGAUGACCAGGAGUUCACCUCCUUUGACCUCUUUCCUGAGGGCAGUGUCUGUAGUGAUGUUUCAUCUUCCAUCAGCACAUACUGGGACUGGUCGGACAGUGAAUUUGAGUGGCAGUUGCCUGGAAGUGAUGUCGCCAGUGGAAGUGAUGUGCUUUCAGACAUCAUCCCCAGCGUUCCCAGUUCUCCAUGCCUAGUUCCCAAGAGAAAGGCCAAAGUACACAGGAACUUGGAUGAACUCCCCUGGAGUGCUAUGAGUAACGAUGAACAGGUGGAAUACAUCGAGUAUCUUAGCCGGAAGGUCAGCACAGAGAUGGGAUUGCGAGAGCAGCUUGACAUAAUUAAGAUCAUUGACCCCUGUGCACAGAUCUCGCCAACGGAUAGCGAAUUUAUCAUUGAGCUCAACUGUCUAACUGAUGAGAAGCUGCGGCAGGUGAGGAACUACAUCCGCGAGCAAGCUCUCCGGCAGCGGCCGGGCAGCACGCGCGAGAGCUGGAAGCGCGGCGGCCACAGCACCGCCAGCGGCAUAAGCGGGACCAGCAGCAGCAGCGCCAGCAUGGUCAGCAGCGGCAGCAGCAGCAGCGCUGGCUCCACGGUCUCCAACGCGGCCUCCAACUGUAGCACCGCGAACAUCAGCCGCGCGCACAGCGACGGCAACCUGUCGGCCAGUGCCGCUGAGCGCAUCCGGGAUUCCAAGAAGCGGUCUAAGCAGCGCAAGCUUCAGCAGAAGGCCCUGCGUAAGCGGCAGCUGAAGGAGCAGAGACAGGCCCGCAAGGAGAGGCUCAGUGGCUUAUUCCUUAAUGAGGAGGUGCUGUCACUGCGAGUCCCAGAAGAGGAGGAUCAUGAAGGAGACGUCGAAGUCUUGAUGUGACAGCAGUGAAUCACUCAGUGUUCCGUCUAAGCCGCUCAUUGUAAUUGUACGUGGGGUUUAUGGAAUUAAAAUUAAAAUAACAAGUACUCCCAUGCCAUACUUGGAGACAUUGAUCUAAUUUUGACUGUUGGUAAUGGAAGCUAAAAUGGCCUGCACGUGUUAAGGGAUUCCUUGAGUAAUGUUCUCAUGGGUUCCUGUAACGGAAGCACCUUAACGAAGGACAUAGAGCACUUUCUCACUAGGUUGAAGAUAUUUUCUUCAUGUUUUAUGAGCACACGCUUGUCCCAAAACUUACUAUGGAACUACUGCAGGUUGUUCCUGAUUAGGUAGUUCUAUGAAGAGAAAUGUGAGAUUCUCCUUCUCUGGGGGUAAAAGAAAUUGAAGGCAUAGAGGGAACACUGAAAUUGUUUUAUUUUUUGAACAACUAUAUAUGUAUAUAUAAAUGAUGUAUACAGUUGUUCAGUUGUGAAAAUCUAUUGUCCAUAUCUGUUCGUCCAAUUAAGAUAUUUUAAGAUAUUAAUGGCACAGUGGUAAAGCCUGUUUGUUUUACAUCUUUCCAUUCUUCCCUGUUCUGUCUGUCACUCACACAUGCUAAAAUAGAUUAUUCUUUUAAAAGGUUUUGGCUGUAUAUUCAUGUAAAUUAUUGACAGAUGUUUUGCAAUGUAAAGAUAAAAAUGUGUGUACUUUACGUAUGUACACUGAACGAAUGUAAGCCAUAACUCUUACUGGAGUCUGCUUUUGUUUGUUAAACCUUGUGAAACUAAGUCAUUGCAUUUUUUUUUUUGUGGUUGUCUUGAUGUUUAGUCUUAUUUGAAUUUUUUUAUUUCAUUCCAUAAUUUGCAGCUGCCUACAUCAAACUUGAUAGUUUUAUAUUUUCGAUAGACACUUUGUAGGAUAAUACAUUUUUCCCCGUAUGUAUUGCACUUCUGUAAUUCAGUGCAUAAUACAAAAAACAUAACCAUUCAGUAACGGUAUUAUCCUUGGAAUAAUGUUAAUUUUAGUUUUCUUCUGAGCUAUGAGACUGAACUAUAUAUUUUGCAUUGGUUCUGUUAAGAGUCGCACUUGAUGUGUCAGUACUGUUCAAGAUGACAUUGUUGAAAUGCCAUAAAAAAUGGAUCUGUAAAAUAUACAUUAAAAAGUGUACUUAAUGCAGGACAUCCCAGCUUAUAAAUAUCAAAAAUUUCUUUAUCCAGGGAAAGGUAUGUAUUAACAUUGUAACAGAAAAAGGUGUAUAAUAAAGUGUCAAAUUUAUAA